AUGGAAUGCCCACAGUUACCACCCUGGCAUGGUCGGCUAUUGCUUAUAGUUGCGAGCUGCCUAUUUGCUGGCGAGUUGGGAAGUGUUCGUGCGCCUAUUCAUCGGGGCACCGAUUAUUUUCUAAAAGCCCCUUCUAGACGUAAAAGAGUUUCCGUGCAGGUUGAUGACCCUGUAAAAGACCAUGAACAUUGGGUAAGACCAGAGAAUAUGAAGAAACCAAGAACUGUCCUGCAAAUCAAUGAGAGUACCCUUGGAACAGAGAUUGCAGCUCAAACUUCAGCCACAAUGGCUGCCUCUUACACUUCCACCCAUAAGCCCACGCAUGUGGAGUACAUCACAGAAGAAGCAGUUAGUGCAGUUCUCGAUGAGUUCAAUUGGGACCUUAAAUAUGCUGGAAUCCAAGUCCUUUCCCAGGGUUACCAGGCUUUGAAAUCCUACAAGGACCAAGCUGACAGUUAUAUUUGCUCAGUGCUUCCUCAAAGUCUUUACUAUAAAUUUCCCAUAACUCCAGGUGGUCUGAAGUAUGAUUCACUUGAGAGAUGGAGCCAACCUUCAGUGUGUCGCUGGAGCUUCUUUCCUUUUCAGUAUCUAUGGAAAAACCCACUAGGAAGAUCCUUCAUGGUUGUGUUUGAGAACAAUCCACCAAAACAGACGCACCACAGAGGUGCUUCAGUCCCAUUAUUGGAUGCUAUGUCGGACGUGAGCCGCCCAAUGAGCUUCGUUCGUUCGUCGGACGUUAACUGGCGCUAUUCUUGGUUAACUCUAUGCUGUUGCCGCCCUGGCACAGCUUACUUGCCCUUUUAA